UUGUUUCUCUCUGUUUGGGGGGGGGGAGUGACACGGGGCGGUGGGGGCCAUGGCUUUCCUGGGGGUAAAUUCACACUGAUGGUGGGAACGGAGCAACCCGAGAACUCUUUUCUACCAGUUGUGGCGUUGGGCUGGGCCAGUAACGCUGUCCUUUGGAGCUGAGCUUUGGAAAUGGUGGCAGGAUCAGGCCCUGGCUUUGGGCUCUGUUUCAGAUCUGACUUAAACCUCCUUGUCUGUUACAGAGCUCAGACUACCUGUCCAGAGAGGGGGAAAGACCCUCAUUCUGUUCACAGUUUGAUUUCAUUGUGGUUGCCGGGCUCAGUCCUGCAGCUUUAGGAGAAACUGUCUCAAUGUCAAGUGUGAGGGCGGCCCCGGCACGUCUGGUACCGGUUGAAAAUACCAAUGGGGCUGUGAGCUGGUACGUUACCCCCAAAAGCCUCCAGCCCUGCAGUGCUGCGUGGUUUUGUGCUUCAGUAUUGGAGAGAUCGCAGUCGGUGCUGUGGAUAAAUAAUACAGACGUUGGGUUUUAUGUUGUCAAAACUGAGAAGACCAGCGCAGUGUAAACCAGAGAUAAAAACAGGGCAAAAUGCAACUCGAGGCGACUGGAUUUCUGCUGUUGUGACCAGGAUGUGGCCCAAACGGGUGUAAAAGGAGAGGAAAACUGUAGGAAGGAUCCUGAACCGUCACUGAGGGAUCCACAGCUUCAGCUGCAAACCCCUUUUUCCUUCCUUCUUUCCACCUCUCGCUCCAGCAGCUGGGAACCUGAUCCUGCCAGCGCAACCCCGCUGCGUGGGGCUUCAUUUUCUUCUGCAAGUUUGGUAACGAAUGGCCGAGCAAAGCCGAAAGGCAGCGCGGCUGGCGUUUGAGACAACUCCCGUCCCCGACUGCGGGAUGGCCUUAACGCGGCGUGUGUGCGAAAUUAAAAAAAUAUAAUCGUCCUGGUGGCCACUAUGCACUGGAACUGGUUUUAUCUGGUUCCAGUUAUGCUUGUUUUGAGUUAGACGAGCGGUGCCAGGUUCUGAUCUCAUUUGCACCAGCGGAGUCAUUCGGCGGAGCCGGUCCCAGUUUACCUCACUCUUAAGUGAAAGCAGAACUGGGCCUGCUGGGAGAAGCAUCCCCGGGGGAAAUCACUGCAAAUCAAACACGGGGAAAAGCCAACGACUCUUGGGACCCUUCCCGGAGGCGGCGCAGAUUUUACCGCCUGCUCGCGAAAGCCGUUUUCACCGAAAAAGGAGGGGAGAGGCUGUAAGAGGAAAAGUGGUGUGACUGGGAGCGAGCCAGUUGUAGGAUUUUGGCUGAGCUGGCCAUGAUGCUACGGUUGGUGGUCAGUGCCCUCUUCCCAGCGCUGCUCCUGGCUGCGCCGCCCCCCAUAAACAAACUCGCCCUCUUCCCGGACAAGAGCGCUUGGUGCGAGGCGAAGAACAUCACCCAGAUCGUGGGGCACAGCGGCUGCGAGUCCAAGUCCAUCCAGAACAGGGCCUGCCUGGGACAGUGUUUCAGCUACAGUGUCCCCAACACCUUCCCUCAGUCCACAGAGUCCUUGGUUCACUGUGACUCCUGCAUGCCGGCCCAGUCCAUGUGGGAAAUCGUGACAUUGGACUGUCCAGGCAACGAUGAGAUCCCCAGGGUGGACAAGCUGGUGGAGAAGAUACUUCACUGUAGCUGCCAGGCUUGCGGGAAGGAGCCAAGCCACGAGGGAGCCCUGUUCAACGUCUACCUGAAUGCCGAGGAGAACAUGCCCGCUGAAGGUCCCAGCCCCCACCACUAUGGCCACCACCAACAGGAGGUGGAAGAACCUCCAGUCUCCAGCCACCACCACCACGAGGAGGAGGGCGAGGAGUGACCUGGCCCUUAGGGACUGUCCUUGCGGGCAGGGGGUGUGUGCGAGGGAGAGGGCCGGGGUUUGGGGAGGGAGGGGGGUGGUGGAGUUUUUCCUGUCUAGUAGCUGCCCUCACGCUUUUGCUCUCCGUGACACACCAGGGCUGGAGGAACCUUCUGAGGUACAAGCAGGGCUGAGGGGGUGAAGGUGGGACUGGAGCCGUGGGGUAAGAGAGGAGGAUUUGGGCUUUUCUGAUGCAAAACUACUUGGACAUAAAAGUAAUAAUAUAUUGAAAGGAGCGGGAACCCAGAUGAUGGUUUGGCUGAGAGCAAAGCUCGGCUUAGCUGGGCUCCCCAGGGGCUGUGUGGUGGCUCCUGAAGGCUGUGGAGCCUUUGCUGGGUUCUUCUGGGUUUUUCCCUUGUAAACAGCUCAUAGCUGGGCUGGAGGAACAAGGGAUCAGCUCUCCGCAGUCCCCCAGGAGAUGCACAUCUCUCCCGGGGUAUGCAGGACCAGCAUCAUCCCUUCUUCCUCCAGGGACACAGGGGCUCAGCAUGGACUCACUGUUCCUCCUGGGCCUUAAUUCAACCCCAACCCCCUCUUGUUUUAGCUCUUGGGGAGCGUUUUGCCCCAGGAUGUGCCUCUGUGGCUGCGUGUGUGAGGUUGCUGGGAACUGCGGUGGCGAGAGCCCAAGGAAACUUGAUGGUCCUCAGGGCCACCACGCAGGGGACGAGGGAGCCAGGUCGUGCCGUGGGCGCUGGGAUUUCAUGUUUCGUGGCCCUCAGGGGAAGGCUGAGAGCAAGAGUUGUGCUGGGGGUGGGAGCCAGCCCCUCGCCCCACUCUCCCUGCUGCACUUUAACGGUGGUGGAGGGAGAAGGGGGACGAGUGCCGGGACGCUGAUGUCCCCGCGCAGGGGACAGCUCAUGCAGGGUGGGGGGACGGCCCCAGGACCCUCCUGCUUCCCCUUUCUCUCUGUUGUAUAAAGCUGAUUUCUUUGGCGCUGUCCUGACAAGAGCUUCUGGAGCUUGUAAUCGAUGCCUCCCCCUCCUUUUUACAAGGUGGUUGUUUUGUUUUGUUUUGUUUCUUAAAUAAAUUAGUUCUGACUUCCA